UUGACCAGUGAGAUUGCUUUUGGUCCUUUAGAUACAUUUGUAAUCUUUCGUAGCCUUCUCUUUCAGACAUCGUCUUCCUUCUUCGCCCAACUAUUUGCUUUACGAUGGAUUGGCAAGGGCAAAAGUUAGCGGAGAAUCUGAUGCAGAUAAUAUUGUUGGCCUUUGCGGUGAUCGCUUUCAUGACUGGCUAUGUCGCGGGCUCGUUUCGGACAAUGAUGCUAAUAUACGCCGGUGGUGUUGUUUUCACUACUCUCAUCACUGUUCCCAAUUGGCCUUUCUUCAAUCGCCACCCUCUCAACUGGUUGGAUCCCAGCGAAGCAUCCGAAGCCAAUUCUAAGAAGAAAGCCACUAAAAAGUAGGUCUUUUUCGCUGAUCCUCUUGACCAAUUUCUAGGCUCUUUGAUGGUUUUGGAUGUAUUGCCCAAUGAAGCUAUACUGUUCUUGCUUUCCUUAACUAUUGCAACUUUAUAUAAUGACUAGAUGAAAUUUAAUUUUCA